CACACACACACACACACACACCACGCUCUGGGUGAAUGUUGCGUCUCUCACGCACCUCACAGAGUCGGCUUUUCAUUCACAAGACGGCUGAUUUUCACCAGUGGUGAUCCGAGGUAAAGACAAAGGGUCAGCUGUUUGCUCCUUCUUUCUCCUUCGGCGUGCACGAAGAGGACGCGCACCUGCGAGAGUGCCUGUGCUCCCCAUCGUUCUUUAUACUGAAAACUCCCAUCUGGGCUGCUGCCGCUCCAGCUGAGGCUGCACACACUUUGCAGAGCGGACCGGUGCACUGGGAAGGAGACGCGAGGGGGAGAGGAGGGCUGCAAAAGAGAUUUUGGAUGCAUUCAUCUCCUCCUGUGACGCUCCACAGGCGCUCUCUCCUUUCUUAAAGUCCGAUCGGCGAAGGCAUGCCAAGCGCAGACUCCCGCGGCGGAUCCCGACUUUCCGUCACAGGACCGGAGUGAGACGCCGCGCUCUCAACUGCACAGCCUCUUUUUUUGUUGUUGUUGUUGUUUUUGCGCGGGGACAGACUUUGGCGACCUUCUUUCGGGACGCUGCUGACACCCAGGACCCGACGGAGGGAAGUGAGGCACCCGCCGUAUUCCGGGCCCUGAGCCCCGUGAGGCCCCCGAGAUGGCGUGCAGCGCGUGUUACUACCUUGUGAUCAGCUCCACACACCUGAGCAACGGACACUUCCGUCGCGUCAAGGGGGUCUUUAGAGGACCACUGUGUCCAACUGCAACCAGUGAUUCACCGGAGCAUGCAGAGAGGGCUUUGGGCUGCUCAGUGGAGGAUCUGAAAGCUCCCUUCUACUGUGAGCUCUGUCACAAGCAGUACCUCAGACACCAGGAGUUUGACAACCACAUCAACUCCUACGACCAUGCACACAAACAGAGGCUGAAGGAACUCAAGCACAGGGAGUUUGCUCGCAACGUGGCCUCAAAAUCGUGGAAGGACCAGCGCAAACAGGAGAAAGCUCUCAGACGACUGCACCACCUCGCACAGAUGCAGCAGGAAACCAAGGGAGUCCCAGGAAUGACCUCUGGACUAAGAAGAGCAGUCAGGGCUAUGACACAGCAGCAAGAUAAGGACAGGGACCAAUGUGACCGCAUCCCCGAGGACAAACCUGAACCCUUCAACCACAUCCGUGGACUCCCUCCCACACAGCCCAGGAAAGCACGUCUCAGCCACCGGCCAGAAAAUCCAUGUCAAUCUCCUUCUCAAAUCCCGCUGGCCGCUGCUCUAGCUGAGUCCCCACUACUCACACAUCUGGCAUCCGAUGCGGACUCUCCCGCGGCGUAUCCUCACUCCUGCCUUGGCUCGCAUCCCCAGCUGCCUCUCCCUGGGCGGGGGAGAGCAGCAGGCAGACUUGGCGUGUCCUUCUGCUUCUCACGCAGGGGGCCCAGGCUUGAGCCUUCUGCCUCCGUCUUCUCAGACCUGGAAGAGGAGGAGAGAGAGAAGAGAGAACAAAUGAGGGAAAGGCUAAAGGGGAUGAUGGAAGACACUGACAGGAACAUUGGGCCAGCGGAGGAAGGGAAACACAGUGAUUGUGAAAAGCACAAGUCCAGAUCUGACAGUGUUAGUCCUAACGACACAGGGCCAAUCCCCAGAGAGGCUGCCGGAGAAAAGGGAGAGAUUGGAAUUGCAGUAAAAGCACACUCAACUAUUUCCCCAGCAGCACCUGAUAAUCAGAGCCACCAUUCACUGUGCUUGCUACCACAGACCCAGGUGGCCCUACGGGGCACAGCACUAGCAGGGUCACACAUGGACACUGAACACACAGAUAGUGAGACAGACAGAAAGCUGGGAAUAGAAGGGGGGGUGGAGGAGAGUCAGUAUAUGUGUGUGCUGGGGAAAGAUGGCUCUAGUCGUCUAAGAUGGCCUGUCAAUUUGCUCAUGCUCACCAAGUCUCAACCGCACAUCUCCUACAGCUGCAACCCACUCUGCUUGAACCCAUUAAAGCCGGAACAACUCGUAGAGGAUCUGCAGGAGUCACAAAAAAAUCUGUCUACUCUCUCAGAUGAAUCCGAUCUACUUGUGCCAGCGAUUCUUCUAUCAGAUGCUCCUUCCUGUUUAGAAAGAGAGACAAGAAUAGAGCUGGAAGGACACAGACAGGAAGCUGAGGAACAUAUCGAUGUGGAGACAAAAGCACACCUGUUGCUGAAGAACAAAAACAUCACAUCAUCAGAAACAAGACCAGAAAGAGGACAAAGCCCGCUAAAGAUAGAUGAUUGUGUGAGGGCAGCCUCCCAUCCAUUCGACCGCGCUCACAUUGACAGCUUCGACACAAACUCCCAGAAUCCACUGGGAGGCAGAUUAGGGGGUGCGAGAGGGAUCAGGGACAGAGCGAUCAGAGAUCUGAGCUGUAAAUUAGAGUCUGUCACCGAGCCUGGCACACAGAGGAUGUGCACCAGCCUGUCCAGGUGUGACUGUGGGAGCGAGACAAUGUGCAAGUGUGCCAGCGCUCAACAGUUGUACGCGGGCGCCUUAGAAGUGUCACUCAAAAAGAGGAAAGCCAGCACAAAGAAACACAAGCUGGGAAAGAGGAAGAGGGGUGAGACGGAAAAAGCUAAGUGCAAAGUGAGGAGUGUUGUCUCUGCAGUCUCCACUGGCAAAGAGAGGGUUGGAGAAGUUGGAGGAAGCUGGGCGAAAAAAAGGUGGCAAAGGGAGACGAGGGAAACGAGGAUGAGGGGGGUGCAGGGAGCCGGGAGCCACUGCCACCGCCAGCCUGAGCCAGUAUCGGUCCCUGUCAGGAAGAGGAGGCCUAACAGGAGCCACAGCACUCAAUCCCAGGCACAGCGAGACAGGGAGCAGGCAGACCACUGCGGCGCUUUCUCCCAGCCCGCCAGACACGCGGCAGACAGACGCAACGAUGGGGAGGGGAGGCGAGACGGAGAUGCAGUAACUUUUCCCUCGCGCUCUCACUUCUACUUACACUCCUACCCACCAGGAUGUAACCCGGAGCUGUUUUGGGAAAGGGGUCACCAUAGCAACCCCAGGAGUUUCAUUGACUGCUGUUACCCUGACAACGGCUGCGGAUGCAGCCCGGCGAGAAAAAGAAUAGUUCUCCACGGGGACAGGAAAUUCAUUCAGGGUAAGAGCCAUCGUGACGUCUGGGAGGAGACUGAGAGGGGCAGGAAAAUCGGCGGGUAUUUAGGUUGCAGAGACAGGGACCCGACCUCAGAUACAGAUCAAUGGGAGUGGUUGGGAAGGGACUACCCUCAAGGUAGUGAGGAGGGCAGGUCAAGGAGUGAGUGGAGACCAAGAAACAGAGCAGUGGAGUGGGAUCGGGGGGCAAAGUUCAGCCCCGCUCCUGGCAGCUGGGGCAGGAGAGGCCAACGUCUAAGCACAGAAGAUGCAGACUGGGACAGAUGCAGCGUGGACAGAUGGACAUGGGGCAGCACUGACAGCUGGGAAGACAGGAGGACACACAGAUCCACAUCAGGCUCCUGGACAGGAGCAGACAGCAGAGACAGCCCAGCCUGUGGAUGGAAAUGUGCAGGCACCAGACGCUCGAGCUCCAGACACUUCUCUAGCCCUGAGUGGUGGACAAGUAGGGAGACAUACAGCCCCCAGAGUGUGGACAACACGCAGUCCAGCAGAUGCCACAGCCCACGCUCCUGCAGCCCGUGCAGCAGCACCAGCAUGUCCGAGCUCAGCUGGGAGUGGAGUCGGAGCAGUACCUGUUCAGGGGUCACAGUUGAUGGGUUGACAGUUAGAUCCAACGGGACGUCCGAGGCCCCUCAGGAGGCAAUAAAUCAGAGCAACCCUCUGACCGCCUCACCAGGCCUUACCUCUGGUCCCUUCGCUCAUUCCUCACAACACAGACCCUGUUUUGCUCCUAGAGUCCAGGGCCUCAACACACACCAUUGCACCAUGAGUCUGCCUCAGCUUAAGGAGCCCAGUGCCCAGUCUGUCCUCGUCGAUAGCACCUCUGUCCCUGUCGACACAAGCGGCUCAGCCACAACUCCUCCAGGACCGUCUCCCAGUAAGCCUCUGCCGCAUAAACCAGCCAGGACGUUGCUUCUCCCUCUCAUAGGGAAACUACCUGCCAUUCAGAGAAAAGCCAGAAGGAACAAAAGGUUGCAGGAGAAGAAUCGGGAGAAGGAGGGGGAGGAGGAAGACGAGACCAGGGGCAGUGGAACGGAUGCUGGAGCAGUCGUCAACAAUCAAAAAUGUCCUCUGGACACGGUUGUGCCAAACCCCAGCAACACUCCAACUCUCUGCCUGGUGCGGAUUAGGCCUGAAGACAAGCAGGCAGGUAAAGAGACAGCUCCGCCAAUCAGCUUUACUGCUGAGGAGAUGGACAAAUAUCGCCUCCUGCAAGAGCAGGCGAGAGAACACAUGCAGAGAGUCCUGGAGCGAAUGCAAGAGAGCGGCGAUGUACACACAGAGACAAACUACACACACACUGCACACACAGACAACUGUGGGACUUCAGAGGAGCAGUACACAACUGCAGCCUUGCACAACCCGUCACAGCCUCACACACAGACACUUCACACAGACAUGAUGCAAACACAGGGACAGCACACCCUGCAGGUCAGUCACCCAUUUCCACAUGUGACCCCACAAGAGAACUUCCCUCCACCCAUGGCUCUGAGAGUCCCCAGCCUCCCCCCUCUCUCCAGCCUCCAACAUAUCAUUUUACAACACGCAGCCCUCUCCUUGCCCCCCUCCUCCUCGUCCUCUUCGCCCUCAUCCAACUCUCCCUCCAUCCACCCACACCCAGUUCAGCUCCCUCACGCCUUGCACCCUCUCCACCCCUCCCUCCCUCAUCACCUUCACUUGACUCCCUUUUCCUUAUCUACCCUGUUUCCCUCCAUCUUGCUGUCCCAUCAUCCCAUCCCUCUCCUCCCCCAGUCCCCGGCUUUUCACCCGACCCCACUCGCUCCACUCUCCCACGUAGCCUUGCAACCCUUGGACCCACAGUCCUUCCUGGAGAGAGCUUGGCCAGUGAGGUUUCAACAGAAGGCGUUGUGACUUUCCAUGUUUAUUCCUCUUCUAAGUAAAACAGAACCGUGAGUGAAAGAACAUUGUUGGUUUGGACAAAAUGCUGCUAUCAGAAAUGGGUUUGUGUCAGUACUUUUGGAAAAAAAACUCAAUCACACAAACACGCUUACACACAAACAGCGCGCACAAUUAUAUACACACUACUAUUCACCGGUUUCGAAUGAAAAUUUGAUUCUCCGUCUAGUCUCUUCUGUGUCAAAGCGGAAAUAGUGAAAACAGACUUUGAUCCUUCGGUUUUGUCAUCAUUCCUCAUUCAGGCCCAGAAUAAAAGGAAAGGUGCACCUGCAAUUCAAAGACAAGCUGUGCUUGUGUCACCCUCUCUUUUCCUUCUGAACCACAGACGGACCAACUGCCUUUUGAAGUGUCCUUCAUGCCAGGGACAAAGGGGCAAGGAAGAGUGACAAUACUAUCCCCUUAUCUCCAUUUCAUUCAGGUUAUCUGAGUUAGAGUGUGACUCUCAACAAACAUAAAUGAUGUUCCAGGGUCCGGUAGGCUAGCACAGCCAGUUUAACCUUGGUGAAUGCUGUAUUUUUGUAUUUGCAACAGAGCAUGUAUAAGAGGGACUUCUCACUGACAUUUCCAUAUCUGACACACGUAAAGACCUGGUUUGUCUCUAUAGUGUAAAUUUUCUGGCAGUGAGCAAUGCCGUUAGAAUCCUGGGAUGCAGUAAAACAAAAGGUGGAUUUAACCUUGACCAGUGGCACAAUGCUUAUUCCACACUCAAUGGCUUGAAUUGAUCCAAACACUCUCAUUCAUCUCAGUCUCAUAUGUGAAUGAAAUAUUUUUUUUCUCUCCACGUUUUCAUAACUGUUGUUGACAGUAAUGAAUGAAUCAGAUCUGUGACUGUGAUUAAAAUG